AUGGCAAGUACACAUAUAUUGGUUAAUAGAGGGUACAGAAGGGCAUUAUCAAGGAUUGGAGACUGCAUAUUUGGAAUAAUGACAGAUACAAAUUCAAGUAUUGGAAAUUUGGUUCCUAAAGAAAGUGAUGAUAAAUCUGCAAGAAAAGUUGGAGAUGAUGUGAAGACUCUGUUAGGCCCGUUUAUACAUGCUGCAUCAACAGAUAUAUACAGUGAUAAAACAAAGUUACCCCAAGAAGUUGAUACAACAGGUGACAUUAAUGGGACUAUAUCUUUGGUUAGGAAUAAGCUGACUGGGUCAAUUUUGCCCUUGCAAAAUUACCUUAUGGCAACUAUAAUUUAUGUUAAUGAAAAUAGAACACAAGUGUUAAUUUAUUAUCCAUCAGAACCCAUUUUAGCUGAAGCAGUACUGGUGACUUUGCAAAAUGAUUAUUAUCGAAAAGCUACAAUAACAGUAUUGAAUAAUACAAUUCUAUAG